AACCCACCAUUCUGGGUCCGGGGUUCCAGGUAGAAGCUACAAACCCUAACCCAUCCCGAGCAAAAGGCUCUGGAGGCUGAAGCGGAAGGGGAGAAGACAAGACGAUGACGACGAGGGAGCCGCACGAGUCGUCUCGGCGCGAGGGGCGCGACUCGCACGGGAGGCGCCCGCACUUCUCCUCCAGGUCGCGGCGGGACGAUCCCAGCCCAAGAAGAAGAAGAGAUGACAGGAGGCAUGAAUCGGAUAGGGCGCACUACAGAAGUCGAGAUGAAGAAUCUGCGAAGGUGUCGGAUCGUGAUCAGAAGCGGAACAGAGAUGCUGAGCAGUGCGAUGAUCCUCCGAAUGCUGAGUCGAAAUCAGUGAGUGAUGCCAAGAAUGACCCGUCCACCAGGCAUGAGAGAUCUCCUAGGGGAACCAAACGGUUUUCUGAGUCGAGUGAGACUUUGCGGCAUCGAUCUUUCGUUCAGCACACUGAGCGUGGAAGUGCUGGGCAAGGUGGUCGGCGCUAUGACCGUCAGCCUAGUGGCUACGGAAGACAAAGGGAUCAAAGGGAACAUUUUGCUGAUAGAGAUAAACAGAAGGAUGUGGGCCGCAGUUUGCAGGGAAAGGUUGACCAGGAUGGUGGUGAUUCUACAUGGAGGCAUGAUGGGUUUUUCCAGUUGGAGGAAGAAGCACCCCUUGCCAAGAAGAGGCCACCGUUUCAGGAGAUGAAGGUUCAAGACUCUGCUGCCACCGUUACAGAUCUGGACUCUGGAUCAAAGAAACCUGAUCAGCCUGGGCCUACUUCUGCAAUGAGAGAAGAAAGGGGAAACUAUCACCCACAGGGAUUUGGAAAUCGUAGGCCAUUCAUAAGGCCAGAUGAUCGAGGUUUCAGACGCGGAUUUCCUGACCACAGGAGUGAAGGCCAGAGAAAUGGGUAUGAUUCAAGGGGAAGAUUACCUGGUAGGGGAGGAAUUGACAGAGACAGAUUUGGCAACCCAUAUGGUGGGAGAGGCAGCGGAUAUCAUCAGACUUCUGGUGAUCAAGAAGAAAAAUGGAAGCAUGACCUCUAUGAUCAGUCAAACAGGAGCCCACCUCCAAAGACCGAGGAAGAGCAGAUUGCUAAAGUUGAAGCAUUGUUGGCUCUGUAGCUAUCUUCUCCAUCCGUCUAGAGUUACUUUUGAUGUUAGAUUAUCAUGUAAUCGGUUUCAUGUCCAUUGAAAAUACUGUGCUUUUAUUCUAUGUAUUUUGCUUAUCUAUUGGGAUUAGGACAUCUUAGAGCUAUUCCAUUUGGAGUGAAGAUAUUGUAUUAGACAACCAUGAGUUUCGCAAUGUACGAACCAUGGAAGGACGACAGUAAACAAUUUGCUUCUCCUCGAAUGCUUUUA